AUGCUUGCGAAUCUGGAAAAUCCCGAUAUUGCAAAUCCUUUGGAUUUUUUAAAAAAGAAGCCAGUAAUGUUCCAAACAUUCCAGGAAUUUGUGAGCGAGACAGUCGAGGUAUUCGAAGGGCGAAAUGCCCAUAAUGAAAUGGAAGAGGAGGAGCCGGAAUUUAACGAAGAGACAGAGUGGGCUCCUCUGCCUGAAGAUGAUGAUGAGGCUGAGAAUUGGCCAUCGGGAUUGAAAAGAUCAAGGACGAUCAGAUUUCCGGUUCCAGCCACACAAACAACGUUGGCUGCGGCGGUCCUGGAGGAAUUUCACCAGGAAGAUCUAGAGGAUCUUUCAGAACAACUCCAAAGGGAGUUAGAAGUACCGCAGGCGGAACCGUUUUUGGUCCCGUUGUGGCCUGCUGCCACCCGGAUUUACGGCCGCGUAGAAAACAGCAGCGGUGGAGCUUCAUGCCCUCGAUUGGUGCCCGAAGGCAUGUGCGGCCGUGAACAACGAAAGACAGACAAAGCGACGCAGACUCGAUCUUGUGGGAAGAGAAAAGGGUGCCCACCAGCUCUUCAUUCCAGGCCAGUAAUACCAUUUGGCAAUCCCCACGCACCCAACCUGUCCCUGCCUGUUCCAGUUCUCCAUCCUCUAUCCAGCGAAGGCAUCAAGCGGGUCAGUAAAUCAUAA